CUCUCCCCCCCCCUCUCCCUCCCCAAAAAGCCCUACUGUCAAGCAAAAUUUGCCCUUCCUCCUUAUCUUAUCUGUUUUGAGUCACACAAACUAUUUGCACAACGCCUUGUGCUGGGAAGAAGUUGUUUGUAUAUGAAUCACUCCCUUUUUGCCAAUUUUGGAGCCUCAGCUUAGUCUUUCUUUCUUUUCUUCUGUUUGACAUUUUCCUCCAGGAGUAGGAAUUUAAACUGUGCGUCUCCUAUUCUUUCUCUUUAGCUUCAGAUCGGCCUCAUAUAAAUCCAUUAGCUACAGGUGGGGGUUUUUCAAUUAAUUUUUCAAACCGCUGGCAUGAGCUCCCUGCCUCCACAUCUCCUUUCCUUCUGCGUCCCACCCAUUCCGACUGCUUCGAGGUGCCUUUAACAAAUUACUGACAUGGAAUUUAAAUAGCCAAAGCUCAUUGACCAAUAAAACCAUAUGUGUACUGUAUAACAGAGAGUUAUGUAGACCUCGUGACUUGGAGGAAAGGUUAUUCAAUCAAAGGUGGAAGCAGAACUAACCUGUUGCGACUGCAAGGCUAGAAAGGAACUUUGAAUGAUCAGGACAUAAUGACAGCUGAAGACUCCGCUGCCAGGAUGAGUAACGAUUCUUCCAAUAUGCAGUCAAAUAAGGUCCCCGAAGGUGUGGCCGGUGCACCGAACGAAGCUGCGCUUCUGCAACUAAUAGAACGUACAGGUUACGCCAUGGUGCAAGAGAACGGGCAGCGCAAGUAUGGCGGACCCCCACCAGGCUGGGAAGGGCUUCAUCCUCCCCGCGGAUGCGAAGUCUUUGUGGGCAAAAUCCCUCGCGACGUCUACGAGGAUGAGUUAGUGCCCGUCUUCGAAACCGCGGGGAGAAUCUAUGAAAUGCGCCUGAUGAUGGACUUUGACGGGAAAAACCGUGGCUAUGCCUUUGUGAUGUACACCCAAAAAUACGAAGCCAAGCGUGCCGUCAAAGAGCUGAACAACUACGAAAUCCGUCCAGGGAGGCUGUUAGGGGUGUGCUGCAGCGUGGACAACUGUAGACUGUUCAUCGGAGGGAUCCCCAAAAUGAAAAAGAGAGAAGAAAUUCUAGAAGAGAUCUCCAAGGUGACGGAAGGCGUGCUCGAUGUCAUUGUGUACGCCAGCGCAGCGGAUAAGAUGAAAAACAGAGGAUUUGCCUUCGUGGAGUACGAAAGCCACAGGGCAGCUGCGAUGGCGAGGAGGAAACUGAUGCCUGGCAGAAUCCAGCUUUGGGGUCACCAGAUUGCAGUUGACUGGGCCGAGCCGGAAAUCGAUGUCGACGAAGAUGUCAUGGAGACGGUCAAAAUCCUGUACGUGAGGAAUUUGAUGAUUGAAACCACUGAGGAUACAAUUAAAAAAGUGUUUGGGCAGUUCAACCCCGGAUGUGUGGAACGGGUUAAAAAAAUACGAGAUUAUGCCUUUGUACACUUCACGAGUCGGGAAGAUGCUGUUCACGCCAUGAAUAACCUCAAUGGGACUGAACUCGAAGGGUCGUGCCUAGAAGUUACCUUAGCCAAGCCAGUAGACAAGGAACAGUACACCCGAUACCAGAAAGCAGCGAAAGGAGGAGCAACAACUGAAGUCACUCAGCAGCCAAACUACGUUUACUCAUGUGAUCCGUACACACUGGCAUAUUAUGGAUAUCCGUAUAAUGCUCUGAUUGGCCCAAAUCGAGAAUAUUUUGUGAAAGCAGGCAGCGUUCGAGGCAGAGGACGAGGUGCAGCAGGGAACAGACUCCCCGGCCCGAGAGGCUCGUACCUGGGGGGCUAUUCUGCUGGCCGCGGCAUAUAUAGCCGAUACCACGAAGGGAAAGGGAAACAGCAAGAAAAAGGAUACGAACUUGUGCCCAAUUUGGAAUUGUCUGCUGUCAACCCCGUGGCCAUUAAACCCGGCACUGUGGCUAUCCCAACUAUUGGUACCCAAUAUUCCGUGUUUCAAGCAGCGCCAACAGCAAAGAUGAUCGAAGAUGGGAAAAUCCACGCCGUUGAGCAUAUCAUCAGCCCCAUUGCUGUUCAGCAGGAUCCUGCUAGUGCGGCAGCAGCUGCAGCCGCCGCCGUAUUACCUUCAGUUUCAACCCCUCCUCCUUUUCAGGGCCGGCCCUUAACUCCCGUGUACACGAUGGCUCCCAACGUGCAGAGAAUCCCAGCUGCGGGAAUUUAUGGCGCAAGUUAUGUUCCCUUCGCUGCCCCAGCCACGGCGACAAUAGCCACACUACAGAAGAAUGCUGCUGCUGCGGCUGCCGCAGCCGCUUACGGCGGCUAUGCCAGCUAUAUCCCUCAGGCAUUUCCAGCUGCAACAUUUCAGGUUCCGAUUCACGAUGUCUAUCAAACCUAUUGAAACAGCUGGCCAUUUGGG